CAGCGUUUUGCAGUGGUGGAGAAGAACGUGUACGUCAUUUUCACAAUGGCGGAGGCUGGGUGAGGAAGAGUGUGUGUGUGAGUGAAGCGGCGCCGUAAUCGUUAGAGCUACAUUGCCCGUAUUACGUGCACGGUGCCCGAAAAUGGCCCUGAACCCCAACGCGGUGGGGAAAAGGGACCCAGAUUGUGCCGAGACGGAUGAUAUCCAGCCGGAGGGUGGCGAGCCCCCGAAGAAAUCAGCCGCCACCUCGGCCACAGCCAACCAAAAUGGCGAUCAGCCUGGAUGUGGAGACGGUGUAAUGCCCGAACAAGAAGCCCCUGAGCGGCGGAGGAGCGUGCAGGCGGACGCCCGGAGCUUUAGCAGCUCUCCUUUGCCGGGCCAGAGACCGAGCGAAGAGCUGCCACGGAGAAAUUUCCAAAUCCCGAGGAAGAUAAGAGAACGGAAAGGCUUGUACCAGUUUCUUCCCCCUGACAGCCGGGAGUUUAAGGACCUUGUGAAGAUUGUGUCGUCGUUUUACUUGGACGCAUCAUCGCGAGGAACCUUCUCCUACUGCAAAGCCAGGCUCAUACACAAUGAGCUGCUGGAGAAGGAGUUCAUCGAGAAGCGGCGAGAGAUGAAGCAGGACGGGCGAACCGAACAAGAACUAAAUGAGAUGUACUGUUUUCUUUAUCCAGACAAAUCCAAGCUCCAGUGGAUCUGUGAGAAGGGUCUGUCGGUCGGACACUCCAGGAUUACGACACUAGGAAAUCCAUCAGUGGGUGUUUAUCUCUCCAAAUAUUCUGAUUUGUUACAAAUCAAUCCCUUUGAAGUGGGCUCGUCUGGAGACAUGAUCAUUUUUAAAGUUAUGCGGGGCCGAAUAAAGCACAUCCAUGAGAACAUGCCUAAGAAUACUAUAGAGCCUACACCCAAGUUCGAUUGUCACUUGUCCAAAAGUGCCAAUAGGGUUACGUCUUUGCUGUCUUACAGGGCUUUUGAGCUCACGCAGCAAUAUUUCUUCGAGUUUGCUUUUGAUGAGAUCAAGGCACGACCCAGGCACGUCUGCCCCUACGCUGUGGUUUCCUUUCAGUACAAAGGCAAGGAAGCUGCAGCAACUCCUAUGACUGCACACAGGUUUAACACUAUUUCCCCUGAAGGAAGCAAAGGGAAAAGCUGCUACACUGUGUGGAGUGGUCCACUAGUGAACAAGGGUCAAGAGUUAUUCCCAGUCUGUUUACGAUCCUCCUCACGCCCUUACCUUCCUUUCAAACUGCCUGAGAAGUUGGAGGUUAACCGGGGCAUGCAGUUGGAGCAGGUGAAGCGAAAGAUUCCCUCUGUGCUCUUUUCUUGGGACACGUACAGUGCGUCACGGGAAGUGAUGAAGUGUGGGAUGUCCUGCAGCCUGUUUGAGGUGGUGGAUGGAAAAGGCAAACCAACCAGCGGCACCUUAGCAGCACUGAUCCACAAACUGGAGAGGGACAGGAUGGUGCUGGUGAAGUCCUUGUUUGACAGAGGCUUUCUUUUCCUGCUGUCCUCAGCUCAGAUGAUUGAGUCCAAAGAGCGGCGGGGGCGGGUGGAGAAGAACCUGCAAGCAUUAUUCAUCUUUCAGGAGUCAAGGAUGGUUGUUAAGUAUUCAUCAAGACUGUUCGAGCCAGAGCCGCUGACGGUGGAGCCUCAGCCUGCUAUCCAGUCCUGCAUGGAGCCCUUCAUCCCUGCUCUGCACUACGCCUUGUUUAAGCUGCGCCCAAACCCAGGCAAGGACUUGAGCUCUGGGGUGGAGCGUCAGGCCACAGAUUACCUAACUCGAAUGGAUUCGGGCACGGUACGGCCAUUCAUUCUGCCCGACUACAAAUAUAAUGUGGACGAAAGGACCAACCCGCUCCCAGUGCCCAGACCGAAAUUUAACAUGGAUUCUGUACUGCGGUCUUACGUCCACAACCCUGUCAACUAUAUUUUACCUCUGAACAAGGCGAAGGACGUCAUUGAAAGAAUACGGAACCCCGUACCCGUCACCACACCUGCACCGGCCCCAGUGGAAUACAGCCCCGUUUCUGACUGGGGCGGCUCGGACAGGGGUUCAGACAGGGCAGAGAGACCUGCAGAAAGGCUGCCCCAAGAGAGGCCAGCUUCAGAGAGGCCAGCUUCAGAGAGGCCAGCUUCAGAGAGGCCACCUCCAGAGAGGCCACCUCCAGAGAGGCCAGCUCCAGAGAGGCCAGCUCCAGAGAGGCCAGCUCCAGAGAGGCCAGCACAGGAGAAGCCACCUCCAGACAGCAGCAGACGGAGGCCUGGGUUGACUCACUCUAACGGGGCCCAGUCGCAGCACAAGUCUCAGACUGAGUCACAGCCUCAGCCCCCUCAGAGGUUGCGGCUGUCCCAGAACGAGUAUGAUAAAGACAAGAUGAAACAGUUACUAAAGCUGAUCCAGCUCCAUAAAAAGGCACUAGUGAAGGAUCCUGGGAAGGAAAGGGGAGAAGAUGGCGCUUGGGACGCCAACAGUCUAAAAAGAAAGUUUGAGGGAGACGAGAGGACGGGCAUGAACAAACACCAACGCACAGAUCCGCUCAGCAACGGGGAACCCAGUAGAGGAACCCAAGCAGAUGAGAUGGGAGAUGAGGGUGGACAGAGUGACAAUCUGGCAGCAGUGAUGGAAAGCAUGGGCAUCUACGACACUGACCUGAGGGCUCGUGGCAACACCAACGCCUCCGCAGUCAACGAGACCCAACGUCUUCUCAAAAUCCUCCUGGCUACUCUCAACAAGGCCGUCGCUCAGGGUUCAAUGUCUGUGCAGUCGAAUCAUGGCGAACCGUCGUCGGGGUCAGGAGCGGUGGAGCCUGUCUUCCAUGAUCCAGAUCUCCGAAAAGAAAAUGAGCCAGCAUCACAAACAAACUACACAGAGGAGGACAUGGACUGCAGCCCUGGCAGUCCACUCAGCGCAGGCUCCCCACCAGAGGAAGCUCACACCUCAGACGACCCGACCUGGGUUAACCCCAUCAAUGAAGAUAAAGCACAGCCCUUUCCUGAGCCAAAGCCCGAGCCGGAGUCUGAGACGGUGCCAGUGCCGGAGGCCGUGACAGUGACAGACAGCCACCCAGAGGCGAAGACGCCCACAGCCCUGGAAGUAAAAAAGGUGGCUGCAACACCCACGUUACCGGUCGUAGAGGAAGUUCCCUUCAGGCCCUCAAUCAGCCUGGACACCAUACUCAACCAGGAAAUUCACAGUCUUACCUCUGACAUUAAAAACAUCAUGCAGACUCACCACAUGUGCUAUACAUCGCAGCUACCCCCGCGGUUGCCUCCACGCCACUGCUGGCUGCCCAACAGCUGCUUCUCAGACUUUGUUGUACCCUACGUCACCCCUGUCCCCAUUCAGGGACAUGUCAAAGCACUGUGUGAGAAGAUGGACAAGUUGAUCCCAUCCCCACCUGCUCCCUCCAAGGUCACUUCACCACCUCCCUCAGUGACAACAUCUAAUCUUACAACACCACCCCCCACCCCCAUCCAGACUUCUAAAACUAAAGCAGAGCCCUCUCUGUCAAAGAGCACCACCUCCUCUCAGAGUAGUAAAAUGGUCUCUGUCAAGGACACGGCAUCCACUAAGGCUAAAACGGAAGGCCAGUCAACAGAGUUGGGCGGAGAGAUCUAUUCUCCCUCUCAAGUCACACCAAGCUCUCCAGAGGGCAACUUCCAAAACCCAGGCCGUGCUUCUGGGAGCGGGUCUGGCCUGCUCGCUGGCAGCCUAAUUGGUCAACUGAAGCCUGAGGUUUUCAGCAGCCUGGUGGAGAUUUUUAAGGACGUCACGAAGAACACCGUCAAAUUCUACAUCUACUCCGGGGAAGAGGGGGAGGAGAGCACUGUCUGCAAGGAGAUUAAGGGAUACUUGAAAAGUCUUGGCAACAGCGAGUGCAGCCCGCAGACGUUCCUAGAAAACAGCAGCAGUUUAGAUAAGCUCCUCAUCAUCAUUCAGAACGAGGACAUCGCCGCACACGUGCACAAGAUCCCGGCUCUGGUGUCUUUGAAGAAGUUGCCUUCAGUGAGCUUUGCUGGAGUGGACACUCUGGACGACGUCAAGAACCACACUUAUAAUGAGCUGUUUGUGUCUGGAGGCUUCAUGGUGUCUGAUGAAUUUGUCCUCAACCCUGACCUCAUCACACAAGAUCGGUUACAAGGACUGCUGAAGUUCUUGGAGGAGCAGAGCACCCCUGAACACCCCUGGCAGUGGAAGGUACACUGCAAGUCCCAGAAGAAGCUUAAAGAACUGGGGAGGUUAAACACCAACGCUAUGGGGCUGCUGAACCUCCUUACAGCCUAUCAGAAGAAGCACCUAGUCGAGUUUCUCCCGUAUCACGAGUGUGACACCCAGUCACGUCAGGCGCCAGAUCUGGAAUGCCUGAUCAAGCUCCAAGCUCAGCACACGCAACAGCGGCACCUUAUCUUCCUCACAGAGAGGCCAUUCGAGAUGUUCCUGCAGUACUCCAGAAAUGGAAUAGUAAUCGGGAGCAUUGACGAUGUUAUGAGCGGUUUCCACAGUCUGAUUGGCUCCAUCAAUCAAAACGAGCUUCCAACACCGCCCUCUACUGUAGUGAAUGAUGAGUGUGUGGAAGAGGAGGACAUGUCAUUAGACUCUGAUGAUGGUGAGCCAGCCACCAUAUCGGAUCCCUCAGAGCAGAACCGGGAAAUUGAUAAGAGGAAUCCUCCACAACCGCCUCCACCAGACAUGGACGAGUUUCGUCCUCCACUCCCAGAGCAGCAGGCAACCCCUGAAAGAACUCCAACGCUGUCUGACUACAGCGCUCUCAAAACCGCCAUCUCUCAGUUCAAAGCCACCAACCAGAUGGGUUUAGGCACUUCAGACAUUGGCAGUUUGUCGCCGGGAGGUUUUCCAGUGAAUCCACAUCAAAGCUUCCUGUGUCCCUCAGCCUCAUGGUCAUCCUACACUGGCUCCUCUAGUUAUGCAGCCUCCCCGGCCUAUCCUGCCUCGCCCUGCAGCAGCACCCACGAACAGGAAUACCGCCCUCCAGCCACAGCGUCUGCCACAGUCCCAACCCCACCUGUCAUGGCCACACCAGGACCUCUAGCCAAUUUGGCUUCCCUCCCUUUAGAGGUUAAACCUCCCCCUCCACCUCACCUCAUGAUGCUGGGUCACACAUAUGGCUCGGACACUGGAGGAGCUGGGGCUGCUGGGAACUCCCCGCUCACCACUUCCCUCCCCUACACAGACCACACUGACUCAGCCCAGCCUGGUUACAUGGCUGGCAUUCCUAAAAAUGCUAGUGGGACCCCCAUGCAACACGACAGGACACUAAGUGGACCUGGGGACAGUAUAUGGGGGACAGCAGGGGCCACUACUUGUGAGACUGCUAACAACAAGGGUGUCGUCAUGUCUGGCCCAGUGGACCCAAGUGGGCUUCCUAAGACUGGGGAGCCCCUCGGAGGUUGCACCCCUGGUAGUCAGGGGGGCAGGACUCAGGUGAAUUGCACUGACAAGCUUGGUGAUACUGUGGGCAUUCCUGCAGUAGCCACCAGGGGGGGCUCAGUUGUCAGACCUAAGCUGCCUCCUCAUCCAAUGUGUGGUAUGGGCUAUGGUGGCAUCCCUGGACAGAUGGAUCAUGGGCCAAUGCGGGGUGGUAUGGGUCCUGGUUCUUUAGGGAGCUAUCGAGGGAGAGGAGUCCCCCCAAUAGGACUUUGGCCUCGGCCAGGACGAGGACAUGAUCGGGGCGGUGGGACUGGAGGUGGACCUUGCUCUUGGGGUUACCCAGCAGGCAGGGGUGGGCCACAGGAUUACUACUCGGACUACACAUACUCUCACAAUUAUGCCCCUGAAUAGACAAUCAACAUAAACCAAGGGGCAACACAAACGCCAUACUCCAGAGACUAUUAGAGCUGGCUGAAUGUAUAUAUUUCCUUGUCAAAACACCUUGAUUGAAAUCAUAAAUAAGGAUCCUGGUUUUCUACAUUAAUAAAAAUUGAUACAGGCAGUGCCGAGUGUCCUACUGUCGUGUAAACUGUAUGUACACUCUUUCCAUGUGAGCUGUUUGAGACCCUGUUCAAACCACUAUAUUUAUAUUUGCCAAGAAAUGUCAAUGGCCUUCCAGCUUCUCGGAAAUUUGUCAUGUUAUUUCUGUUUGUCCGGUUUUGAAACAGUUUGUGAACAAGGGGAAAGGCUGAUAUUUUUUUAAGGAAAAAAAAAACUAGUGAAUCGAAUUUCACUUUUGCUGUUGGUUUUCUUUUUAUUUUAUUUUUUAUUUUACAUAUUUGGUUGUCCUAAAUUCUAUUAAAAUAAAACAUUUCAAAUCUUUGUUUGUGUGACCAGUUUGAUGACAGUGUCAAACAAACUAUUAAAAAUAUAAAUCAUUUAA